AUGUCUACAUCCUUUACGGAUCUUCUGCGUGAGCAAGAGGAAGUAGCGGGGUGGAUUCAAAGAUUCUGGGCUAACGUAUGCAAGUUAGGAAAGGACAAGUUGACGGGAGCGGUUUUAGAGCAAAGACAGGGUUUGCUCAACCGGUACUGGGACACGUUCCUUAGCGGGCAUCGUCAAUUGAUGCGAUGCAUGGAGGCGAGUUCUAGUUUAUACGUCAAAGAGGACGCCUUUUCGGUAACGGAAGAAGCUUACCUCGACGCCGCCUCCAUGAUUUCCCAUCACCUGAAGGAGCUGCAGUCACCUGGACCAUCGCAAAGCCAACCGUCCAAUCCUGCGCCUACGCCCCACCCGCAACUACCAAAAAUCGAAUUGCCGAAAUUUUCGGGUGAUCCGUUACAAUGGGAGAGCUUUCGCGACCUUUUUAAAAGUCUUGUACAUGACGUCAGCCAUUUACCUGAUGUGCAAAAGCUGCUCUAUUUGAAGUAUAGUUUGACAGGUGAGGCCGCCGAGGUCAUUCGGAAUACGCCAACAGACUCCGGCUUCAAGGGAGCAUGGGAAGAUCUGGAAGCCCGGUACGGUAACUUUUGUCUGUUAUCGUUUUCACAUCAUCGUGCGCUCCUCUCGUGCCCACCAGCCCUGCAGCAGUCAGCUGGCGAAUUGAAGCGGCUAUUGGACACUUUCCGCCAGGCGAUCAGAGCGUACGUUGCACUAAGGAAACCCGUUACUUCAUGGGAUGAGUGGUUUGUAUACUUACUAAGCCAAAAACUUGAUAAAACUACUCACCUUGCUUGGGAGACCUCUUUGGCGGAUAGUCGGGAAAUCCCGCGGUUUCAGCAAUUAUCGCAGUUCUUGGAAAACCGGAUCCAAGCUCUAGGCACUGCCGGCAUGACUGACCCAUCGCUCCAUGCUGUGUCACCGGCAAGUUCCAAGGAAGUCAAACCUAAAAUAAAGGGAGGAGCGUCAACCAAAGGCGUUAACUCUACCGUCUUAGCCGCAGCGUCGAAGUCACCCCCGGCCCGGAAAUGUCCGGGGUGUUCGGGCACCCACGGUCUAGGAUUUUGUCAUAAAUUCAAGGCGCUGUCGCCGGCAAAACGCAAGGAAUGCGUGCAACAGCUGAAGGCCUGCUUGAGCUGUUUGAAUGUAGGACACGAAGUGGGUAAGUGUCCGUCUAAACAAGUCUGUUUAGCUUGUAGCAAGCGACAUCAUACGCUGCUUCACGAGGCGCUGACGGCUCCACCGACAAGCGCACCAGGCCGUGAAGGCGGACAGCCGGCACCAGAAGACGCUGCCUCGACGUCGGACGAAGCAACUCCGCAGGUGACCACCCUCUCUCUAUCGGUCGGAUCAAAAGCCGUGGCCUUACUCGCAACCGCCAAGGUGAGAUUAGAGGCGCCAUCAGGAGAAACCGUAGAGGUCCGAGCCCUUCUGGACACCGGCUCCGAUACCUCCCUCGUCUCAUCGUGGGUCGCUCAGGCGCUACGUCUUCCACGGCGGGCGGUGCGAGUGGCCAUCUCAGGCGUCAAGGAUAAUGAGGUUGGAGUCGCAACCGGAGAGGUAUCCCUUGUGGUUCGACCCCGACACACUUCGGACUUCCGAUUACCCGUUCGAGCGUUGGUACUCCGUAAACUAACGUCGCUGCUCCCGAGUAAAAGCAUCGUGGCAAAGUCUUGGCCGCAUAUUACCGGUCUCACGCUUGCUGACCCCGAGUACGGAGUUCCGGCUCGGGUAGAUUUACUUUUAGGUGCGGAUGUUUGCGGAACGCUCAUUGGUGACGAUUCGCGCAGAGGGCCAGAGGGUACUCCAACGGCGAAACUCACCCCUUUUGGCUGGGUGCUCAUGGGACCAGCCUCCGACAACAAACCCAAGGCGGAGACGGCCGCCCGGGUUCUACACUGCCACAGCGAGGACUCCACAAGCCCACUCCUCCAGCGUUUUUGGGAGCUGGAAGAAGUUCGAGAACGGGCUCCGAUGUCAGAGGAAGAGGAAAAGUGUGAGCGUCACUUCCUCGACACCCAUGCUCGAGAUCCUUCGGGACGCUACGUGGUGCGCCUUCCCUUAGUAGUUGUUCUAUGCGGAUUCUAA